AUGAGUAGUGGACAGAGCGAUUAUAUACAGAAAGGAAUUCGAAGUGCCGAACAAGCUACAGCUGAGGAUAAAGCACAAAAUUAUGCAGCCGCUGCACAACAUUAUAUGACUGCAGCAGAUUGGCUUAUGCAAGCAAUGAAAUAUGGAGGAGCUAUGAAUGCACAAAUGAAACAAACAAUACGACCUAAAAUAGAAAGUUAUGUGAAACGAGCAGAAGAAAUAAAAGAAAUUUUGAAAAAAGGCCCUGUUAAGAAGAAAGCAGUUGCUGAUAGUGCUAAUGGACGUGGAGGAAGUUCAAAAGAUAAUAAAGGUGAAGAUGAUGAUAAUGAUGAUCCAGAUAAAAGACGCAUGAUGCAAAAAUUUGAAGGAGCCAUUGUUACCGAUCCAAAUGUUAGUUUUGCAGAUGUUAUCGGAUUGGAACAAGCAAAAGAAGCAUUGAAAGAAGCUGUCAUCUUACCAGUUAAAUUUCCACAACUCUUUCAAGGAAAACGUAAACCAUGGGCUGGUAUUUUACUUUAUGGACCUCCUGGUACUGGCAAAUCAUAUUUAGCUAAAGCUAUUGCUACUGAAUGUAAAAGUACAUUUAUAUCAGUCAGUUCAUCAGAUCUUCUAUCGAAAUGGCUUGGUGAAAGUGAGAAAGGUGUAAAAACUUUAUUUGAACUUGCACGUGCACGACAACCAUGUAUUGUAUUUAUUGAUGAAAUCGAUGCUUUAUGUGGACAACGUAGUGAUACAGAAUCUGAAUCAUCCAGACGUGUUAAAACUGAAUUUCUUGUUCAAAUGCAAGGUGUUGGAACAGAUAAUAACGGUGUUCUUGUUCUUGCUGCAACUAAUAUUCCUUGGUCACUGGAUACAGCUAUUCGACGACGUUUUGAAAAACGAAUUUAUAUUCCUCUACCUGGUAUAAAUGAACGUGCAGCUAUGUUUAAAACUCAUUUGGGUACUAAUACUUUUCAUACAGUCAAAGAUAACGAAUGGAUGGAACUUGCACAAAGAUCUGAACAUUAUUCUGGUGCUGAUAUUGCUGUUGUUUGUCGUGAAGCAUUGUUAAGACCUAUUCGACGACUUGGUACAGCAACACAUUUCAAAAAAGUCCAAAAUCCAAAACCAGAUGGACCUCGAAUCCAAUGGCUAGCUUGUUCACCUGGUGAUCCAGCAGCUGAAGCAAUUACAUUAGAUAAAAUAAAUUCUGAGGAAUUAUGUGAACCACCAGUGUCUAUUGCUGAUAUGUUAGCUGCUCUUAAUACACAAAAACCAACAGUAGGUGAAAAGGACCUUUUGUUACAGAAAAAAUUUACUGAAGAGUUUGGUCAAGAAGGUUCAUAG